AUGGUUAAGGUUAAUCUCUGGGAUCAAGUAAACCAAGGCAAUUUCUCAUCUGUAACAGAGUUCCUAUUGAUGGGAGUCUCCAGUCUUGGAAAAAUCCAGCUCAUUCUCUUUGCUCUUUUUCUGUGCCUGUAUAUGAUUAUCCUGAGUGGAAAUAUCACUAUUGUUACUGUCAUCCGCCUGGAUCACAGUCUCCAUGUACCUAUGUAUUUCUUCUUAGGAAUCCUCUCCAUCUCUGAGACAUGCUAUACGCUGGUCAUCCUGCCCAAGAUGCUCAUAAAUCUGCUGUCUCUGCUUAGAACCAUCUCAUUCACUAACUGUGCCACACAGAUGUUUUUCUUCCUCGGUUUUGCCAUCACUAACUGCAUGCUCCUUGGGGUGAUGGGUUAUGAUCGUUAUGUUGCCAUUUGCCACCCACUUCGCUAUCCAGUCCUUAUGUGCUGGAAGAUAUGUGGACAGUUGGCAGCUUCUUGUGCUGGAAUUGGUUUUAUGUUAUCACUCUUAGACUCCCUCUUAGUCUUUGAACUACCUUUUUGUGGUCCAAACAAAAUCAACCACUACUUCUGUGACAUCUCACCAGUUAUCCAACUUGCCUGUACUGACACCUACAUCAAUGAGCUAGUCAUCUUCAUUGGUGGAGUCCUAGCUCUUAUGGUCCCUCUGACUUUCAUUUGCUUCUCCUAUGGCUUCAUUGUUCGAGCCAUCCUGAGGAUUCCAUCAGCUGAAGGCAAGCGAAAAGCCUUUUCUACUUGUGCUUCCCAUCUCACUGUGGUUAUUGUCCACUAUGGCUGUGCCUCCUUUGUCUAUCUGCGGCCCUCAACCAAGUACUCAUCUAGCAAAGACAGGCUAGUCACAGUGACCUACACUGUUGUGACUCCAUUGUUGAACCCCAUGGUGUAUAGCCUCAGGAACAAGGAUGUUCAGGUGGCCAUUCGGAAAAUGAUCGCCUGGGGAGGAUUUUAUCCUAAAGCUAAAAUAUGA